UAAGGUCUUAUCGCAGCUCACAUUGGCUGGGGAUGUCACAGAAGAACAGUUCAAAGCACAUUUUGAACAUAUGAAGAAAUCUGGAGACUAUUAUGUCAUAGUGGUGGAAGACACAAAUCUUGGACAAAUUGUUGCCACAGCAACACUCAUCAUAGAGCACAAAUUUAUCCAUGCUUGUGCAAAGAGGGGGCGUGUGGAACAAGUGGUUGUGAGUGAUGUAUGCAGAGGAAAACAGCUGGGAAAACUGUUGGUAUCAACAUUGACUCUCCUCAGCAAAAAGUUGCAGUGCUACAAAGUAACGCUGGAGUGUGCGCCAAAAACUGUGGAGUUUUAUAAGAAGUUUGGCUACUCCACUUCAGAUACUUUCAUGGAGUGCCGGUUCUUUGCCUGAAUCUUGAACAUCACAGAAUGUUUGCUAUAGAACUCUUAAUCUGUUCUAUUUUCUGAGAUCGAACUAUCUCCAACUUGCACCUUUUUUAGCCAGCAAAAUAAGAAAAACUUGAUACUUCGGUGACAAGUUUUGUCACAACAAAAUAUUCUGAAAUAUGCAUUUUGAAUUCACUACAACACAGAACAAUGUGCAUAUUCACG